AUGCAUCAACAUCCCCGGCCGUCUCCUAUGACGGCCUCUUCAGCCUCGUCUCCUCGAACAAAUCCAAAUAGAACGAAUAACCCAAGAGAAGAAGGCCCAGGUUCCCAUACGAGAACAAACUCAGACAUGCCUAUCUACAACGAGGGUGAUGAUGGCAGUGGGGAUAGCGGAAUUAUGCCUUCAAAUGGACCCAGUAAAGAAUCCGUCAAGAAGCUGGACCAAAUAAUACAGAACUUCCAUACAAAAGCAGCUAUUGUUGUGCUGCAAUCGAGAAUGUCUCUUCCCAUCUUGUACACUAAAGAUGGGUCGAAGAAGGUCAAUAAAUGGUUCCAAAUCGAAACGGAUGAUACUACUGCCUUUCGAGACGAUUUAAGUAUAUGGCGAACAUCUGGAGGCUUUGAAAAUCGACCACCCCCUUUAAUUUUGGAGACAUACCUGGACACCUCGGCAUUGACGAGUAGGCAUAGCCUGGUCAUUGUAGAUGACAAUGGGAAACGAUGGGAUGUCUUAGAAGCUUUGAACAACUCAAGCGGAUCAAGCGACGGGGGAUCUCGUAUACGGAAGCGAAAUAAUGAGGUAGUUCUAGAAAGGUGGCGGAUUGAACUUAAAGGUAGUCCGAGGGAACGGACGUACGAUUUUGCAUCCACCUUGCCAACAGUGUAUAAGAAGUGCAUUGUCUUCUUCCGAUCCUUAUACGCCACAGCCAAGUUUACACCGGCAUGGAAAUUCGCGAAGGCUUUGGCGAAGAGCGGGGCCACGAAUAAUUUGCUACAAGUCAAAUGUCGAAUAUUGAACGGAGACGUCCCGCCCAGUCGAUUUGACGCGCUCACUCAUCCUUUGUGCGAUAAUCGAGGUCCUGUUACCACGGAUUAUUUUCUAGGGACGACAGAUACACCUGCGGGACAAUUUUCGGCCGAAGUUUCUUACCGAAAUGACUGUAAUUUUCGUGUGGACGAUUCUGAGACUAUGCUCAGCUCAAGAUUCAUGGGCGUAGAUGAACAUUAUUUUGCACCCUCUAUAGUGAGUAAAGAUGAUAACCGUCCUCGUUCUACCAGAACUGCGGAGGUUGGGUCAUUACCUGCUCAUCGGCACCGUGUGGACAAUACUGAGCCAAUUCAAGCUUAUGGAAGUCUUUCUACCUUCCAUGGCGAUGCGCCUCCUAGGGGCUCGAGCCCCAUUUCGGCCCUUCGUGCUGCCAAACCUAUGGGCUCUAAUACAAGCUCGCCGUCUCAAGAUUCAUUCCCUAAAACCCGGCCUAUACAAACCUCUCGAGGGUCACUAAAGUCGACAGAAACUAUUCCAAUGGCAAGAAGACCAUCAGUAUCCUUUCAGCCAUUCAAAGCUGGAUCCCUAUCAUCCUCACCCGGGCGUGGAGGCUCGUUACAAAAUACUGGAGAUAUGCUUCCACCACCAUCACCCCAAUCUCUGCCUCGAGCAUCUGGUAUUAGUGCUUUGACACAAGCUCGCAAUCGCUCAUCGUUGACAGCCGGAAUGCCAGCCUCGCUACGGGGUGGGCCUAUCGUCACUGAUAAUAUAGUCCCAUCAUCCUCGUCUAGCUCGCCAAAGCCUGCCCCAAUAAGUAGAUACAGCAGCAGCUUUACUCAUCGCAGAGGCAGGUCAUCGUAUGGAGGCGGGAGCAAGCUCGUCGAUGAUGACCAAGGGAGUAGUGGCAAACAAAGUCUCUCUUCAUCGAUGCAACCUGGUUCGGGCAUUCUCGCCGAAACUGGAGGAGGUGGUAGCUCGGGAUCUUUGCAAACUGACGAUGAUAACAUCUCUGAGUUUCUGAAAUUAUUAGACAGCAAGAAGAACCUGCAAAGUUUCGAGCCCUCUGGCGAAGCAUCCACAAAACGCACAGCCGCCCAACUCUCCAAGUACCAAUCAAUGAGGGAGUCGAAUAAUCUGCUGACAGAGUCAAUGUCGUCGUCAACAAUGAUGCAUCGAUCAUCAAGCUCUUCAAGUCGACAGCUGUCAAGUGUACCGCCAAUGGUAGCCGCUACAUCCAUGUCAACAUCAUCGUCGCCUGGUAAGCCAGUCUCGCCGCACACUCCACAUACACCAGCUAUACCAUCCCGUCUGAGUGCAAACUCUAUAGCGGAAUACUCUGUACCGCAGCGGGUAAGUCACCGCAGCAGGACUUCACCAGAGGCGAGGUUGGAAGAUGUCACGGAUGAUAGUCUAUCCAACGAGGGGACAAAUGCAAUCGAUAUCCCUACAUCGCCGCGGACAUAUUACCCUCAUGUACGAAGGUCUAGCUCUGUUGCGCAACAACACCGAGCCCUUCCUGUGGAGGAUGAUUUGGGCGAUCUGCCAUUUGCAAUCCAUCGUUCGAUCAGUCUAGGCGCUGAUGACCGCGAGCCGCCUAGUUUGAGCGCGUUACUGGGGCUCGGUCAAGCCGCUGAGAACGAAGCAUCAGCAUCAUCGCCUUCCCCAUCUCGUAUGUUACAACCUGCUGCUCAUAUCUCAGAGCCAACGGAUCGCGAAGCCUCCUCUCUUGAGCAAAUCGAGUCGGAAGCCCCACAAGUACCACGCGGGUUUUCUGCAGGGUCUACAAACUCCCCAUACCGGCCUAGGAUAGGUCGCACAGGUGGCCGUGGAGUAACCCCUCCACAAACAGGCUCGUACUCGAGCCUCAUUGAAAGGGGCAGCGGGAGUGGUACGAGUACAAGCGAUAGAGCUGGUGGUGGCAGAUAUAGCUUCACUAGGACCGCAGGGAUGUACGAGACUGACGAUGAGCUAUUGCUCUUCGACAUGAGCGAAAUCGGACGAGAUCAAUCGAGGAGGAGCAUUGAAGAACCAAGGGGGGGAGGAACUAUAGGAACUAGCGAACGUGGAGGCUACGAGUCAGGGAGGGGGGGCGAUUCUGGCUCAAGCAGCCGGAGAGGUAGUCGCCGAGGAGGAUGGUAG